GACAGAGGCAGCAUUUUAAACUUCUACCGAAAACUGUUGUCAUAAGGCAGGACAGGACAGCCGAGUAACCACCGUAGGACAGGUCUGCAGAAUCAUUUGAUGUCUUUAAAAAAAAAACUGUAGCUUGUUAUGCGUCGCAUUAAUGGUUUAAUGUUGUAUUAAUGAAUGCUUGCGCAAAAAGAGUGUUAGUUUUCAUUUAAAUCCGAAUGUGAGUGAAACGAAGCUAGCUUUCCAGGCUAAACUAACGUCGGUUGAGUUGGGGUUAACUUUAAUCACUUUGUCGAACCGCUUAGCUCGUAUAUUUUUCUUUAAAAUAAUCGAAAAGCUCCUUCAACCCAAAAUGAGUGCUGGUGUUGCGAAGCCAGCUCCUGUAUCCGGACUUUCCGAUCCGAAGUCGGCGCCUCUGAAAGAGAUUCCAGAUAUCCUGGUUGAUCCCCGCACCACGAAGAGAUACACGAGAGGAAGGUUCCUGGGAAAGGGGGGCUUCGCCAAAUGCUACGAAAUCACAGACGUGGAGACGAACCAGGUCUUUGCUGGGAAAGUCGUGCCUAAAGCUCUGAUCUUAAAGCAGCACCAGAGGGAAAAGAUGACGUCUGAAAUCGCCAUUCAUAAAAGCCUUAAUCACGCGAACGUCGUGGGCUUCCACGGUUUCUUUGAGGACGACGACUUUGUCUUUGUGGUCCUGGAAAUCUGCAGGAGAAGGUCCCUGUUGGAGCUCCACAAGCGUCGUAAGGCUGUCACAGAGCCAGAGGCCCGGUACUACAUGACCCAGUUGCUGAAGGGAGUCCACUACCUGCACAACAAUAGAGUCAUUCACCGAGACCUGAAGCUGGGGAACAUCUUCCUCAAUGAUGACAUGGAUGUCAAGAUAGGGGACUUUGGCUUGGCCACAAAGAUCGAGUUUGAUGGCGAACGGAAAAAGACGUUGUGUGGAACGCCUAACUACAUCGCACCCGAAGUGCUCUGUAAAAAAGGCCACAGUUAUGAAGUGGAUGUCUGGUCACUUGGCUGCAUACUGUACACGUUGCUGGUGGGUAAGCCCCCGUUUGAGACGUCCUGCCUGAAGGAAACCUACAGUCGCAUUAAGAAAAACAACUACGUCAUCCCCUGGCACAUCAACCCAGCGGCAGCCUCGCUCAUCAAGAGGAUGCUGCAUGCCGAUCCUGCUCAGAGGCCAACUAUCACUCAGCUGCAAGAGGACGAGUUCUUCACAUCAGGUUACAUACCGCUGCGCCUGCCCACCACAUGCCUCACUGUGCCCCCACGGUUCUCUAUCGUCCCCUCCACCGCUGCAGAGCUGGGCCAGCGACGUCCCCUCACUCCUUUGAACAACAAGGGUGGGACAGAGAAAAUGGAGGUGAUAGAUGAGCCGGUGCCAAAGGAGGCUGAACCAUCGGAAAACCACCUGAAAGACAUGCUGCAGCAGCUCAACAGCAUCAUGGCCUCCAAGCCAUCGGAGAAGGUUGUCGUCCGACAAGAGGAAGCAGAGGAUCCUGCAUGUAUUCCCAUUUUCUGGAUCAGCAAAUGGGUUGACUACUCAGACAAAUAUGGACUGGGCUAUCAGCUGUGUGACAACAGCGUGGGCGUUCUGUUCAACGAUUACACUCGUCUCAUCAUGUACACGGACGGAGACAGCCUGCAGUACAUCGACAAGACAGCAGCCGAGUCCUACAUGAGUGUCCGCUCGUUCCCUGCUACUCUCAACAAGAAGAUAACGUUGCUUAAGUACUUCCGUAACUACAUGAGCGAGCACCUGCUAAAAGCUGGUGCCAACGUGGCUCGGCGGGAAGGGGACGAGCUCGCGCGGCUGCCAUACCUUUCGCUGUGGUUCAGAACGAAGAGUGCCAUCGUCUUGCACCUCAGCAACGGCACGGUCCAGAUAAACUUCUUCCAGGACCACACCAAGCUGAUCCUGUGCCCACUGAUGGGUGCUGUGACCUACAUCGACGAGAAGCGGGACUUCCGCACCUACAAGCUGUCUCUGCUGGAGGAGUUCGGCUGCUGUAGGGAGCUGGCCAGCCGCUUGCGUUACGCCAAGCUCAUGGUGGAGAAACUGCUGGACAGCAAGUCCUCCUCUGCGGCACAUUAAAGUUUUUCCUCCAAAAGGCUUCAAUCACUGUCUGUCGGUGCCUCGGAACUUUAAAUUCAGUUUUUAUCGAGGCAGGCAGUGACUUAUCUCACCCCAACACGACCCGUACCAUGAAAACCCUUUCCUAUGUCAAAAAUCACAUAUCAUUUCCUGUUUUUUUGUUUUUUUUUUUAAGUUUCUGCUUUUGACAGUUUUCACUCUUAAAUUGACUUUUUUUAAUGAAGCUUACCUUUUUAAAGAAAACAUAGCUGCUGUAUUAUGAACAGCGCUGUGGAUAAUCUUGUACAUUCAAGUCUUGGAAGUAAAAGUGAAAAUCUUUGUUAAAAUCCAGGAUAUGUUUUUUUGGCACUGUCGUCUUUCGUUUGAGCUCCCCAGAGGGAAACAUGUCGGACUUGUUCUUCGACAUGGAGGUGGAUUUGAAAAAAGGCAACUCUGGUGUGCUCCUCUUUCUGUGUUUGGGUUUUAUCUGUGUUCUGUGUAGAGACUUAGAACCUGUUAAUAUGUCUUUAUCAUGUACAUUCUCCCUGUUCUUAAUUUUUUUUAAGUUCUAGAUGAGUUUCCAACAAGAUGUACAAAUUGUACAUACUGCUAAGUAUGCUUACAUUUUAAAGAUGGUUUACCUCUGCCCAAGUUUAAAUAAAGAUUGUUUUGAAAUGG